AUGAGCUCUCUAGUGAAUGUCUUACUGAUCCUACUUCAUCUAUCUACAAGUGUAAGAGGUCAUCAUGGUUGUGGUGGAGGAGAGAUUAUGCGACGUAAUCUUGGAGGAAAAUUGAUAGAGCGGACCAGUCCUACGGAUGAAGCUAGUGCUGCAGCCAUUCAAGAUAUAACACAAGAAUGUACACCUUAUUCAUACGCCCCAUUACUCCAAUUGGCACCUUUGUAUCCCACAACAUGGGAAACAGCUUCAAUACUUCCUAAUGACACCGACGCCCUCGCUCUUUUCCAACAGAUCAGCCAAACCAUCUCUUCCAACCCUUCUUUCAACCUCGCUCCCAAGGGCACGCCAGAGGGGGACUUUUCCGCUGUUCAAUAUAAUGGUACGGAUGUGGAUUGUUGGUGGCCUUGGCAGGGGUGUACUCAACCAGCUCCUCAAACAGGUCUACCGGAUGAUAUAACUUCUGUGCCAGAGGGAGAAACAUGGGGGUUAGGAUUCGAUGACGGACCGAAUUGCAGUCAUAACGCUUUGUAUGACUUUUUAUUGGAACAAAACCAGAAAGCUACUGUAUUUUACAUCGGUUCAAACGUCUACGAUUGGCCAUUACAAUCUAUGCGAGCUAUCAAAGAUGGACAUCACGUCUGUGUACAUACUUGGUCGCAUCAGUACAUGACAGCAUUCACAAAUGACGUCGCCUUUGCCGAGCUUUACUACGCGAGACAGAUAAUCAAAGAUAUCUUGGGCGUCACUCCGUUGUGUUGGAGACCACCGUAUGGGAAUGUAGACAACAGAAUCAGAGCUAUUGCGGAGGGUUUGAACUUGACGACGAUCAUAUGGUCGGACGACACGAAUGACUGGAAAGUGGGCGAUCCCACUGCCAAUGUCACUCAAGCCGACGUCGACGCGGCGUAUCAGAUCGUGGUGAAAGGAGCUACCAAUGGAACAUACAAAUCUACCGGACCUGUCGUUCUCAACCAUGAACUCAACAAUUUCACAAUGAGCGAGUUUAUAAAAGAAUACCCCUCCAUGAAAUCGGCCUUCACUCAUAUUGUCCCCAUGGCAGCAGCUAUGAAUUGGACACAUCCAUACGUGGAGCAGAAUAUCGUUUAUCCCGAUUUUGCGGCCUACAUCGGUGGUCAGACGAAUGUCACUAUCGGACCCUCUAUCACAUCUAGCGCUUCAGCCAGUAAGACCAGUACCCCGGGAAUACAAAGCGGAUCAGCAAGUGUCAGCGGUGGCUCGAACUCUACAGCUGGUGAAAAGAACAAAGAAGGUCAGGGUUCUGGAGCUAUACGAUUUACUAUCAACUGGAAUCUUUUGUACCUCUUACUCUUCGCUUUUGUUCUGUAA